UGUAUGUCUAUUGUUUAUGGAUGGCGUUGACUGUACACGUCAAAAAUCAAAAUCUCUACAAAUAAUUAAAUGUCUCGAAAACAAUAAAUAUAAUUUGUUGUUCGAUUAUUUUUAUCAUAAGUGAUAAUAAAAGAAAUAAACCAUGCAAGGCCCUGCAGUUUUUAUGGAUAUAUCGCUUGAAGAUCAAGCCCAAGAGCUUAGAAAAUAUUUCAAGAGUCUAGGAGCUGAGAUAUCAGAAGAGAAAUCUCCGAAAGGUAUCGAGGAUGAUUUACAUAAAAUCGUUGGCGUAUGCGACGUUUGCUUCAAAGAAAACAACGAAGCAGAUGUUGAAGCUAUACUUAACAGUAUAGUCUCUAUCAUGGUUUCAAUUCCGUUGGAAAGAGGUGAAAACCUUAUUUUGGCAUUCAGUCAAAGACUUACUAAAGCUCCUGGACCAAAGCUUGGCAUGGUUGCACUUCAAUCACUGUGGCGUCUGUACAACAACUUGGAGACAAAUUCUCCACUCCGGUACCAUGUGUACUAUCAUGUGAUAGAGUUGGCAGCACGCGUUGGCUCUGUAGGAGACGUGUUCAAGGGAGUGGAUCAGCUGACACGGGAGUUUGCUAGCUGCCCACCUUCUAAUGAACAAAUGCAGAAGCUAUAUAGGCUGCUUCAUCAAGUCUUGAAAGAUCAGAACAGUGAAUUAGCAGCAAAAGUGAUGAUUGAGCUGCUUGGCACGUACACAGAUGAGAACGCGUCAUAUGCCAGAGAGGAUGCCAUCAAAUGCAUAGUGACAGCGUUGGCGGACCCCAACACAUAUCUGUUAGACCCACUGCUGGCCUUGAAACCUGUCCGCUUUCUUGAAAGGGAGCUCAUCCACGACCUGCUUAAUAUCUUUGUUUCUGAAAAGUUAUCCAGUUAUCAAACAUUCUACCAAAAUCAUAAGGAGUUUGUACAUUCUCAAGGUUUGAACCAUGAACUUAAUAUUAAGAAAAUGAGAAUACUGACUUUCAUGCAAAUGGCUGAAUCCAACCCUGAAAUCACAUUUGAUGAAAUUGUCACAGAACUUCAGAUUGAAGAGAAAAAUGUAGAGUCAUUUAUCAUUGAAGUGCUGAAGACGAAGCUGGUGCGCGCGCGCAUGGACCAGGCGGCGCGCACGGUGCGCGUGUCCAACACGAUGCACCGCACGUUCGGGCGCGCGCAGUGGGCGACGCUGCGCGACGUGCUGCAGGCGUGGCGCGCCAACGUGCAGCACGCGCACGACUCCAUGAAGUCCGUCGCCGCCGCGCAGAUCGAGUACGCGCAGCAGCAGCAGAAGGCGUGAACCUAUUGUACUACCAUCACUCCGCCGGUUUAUGGUAGGUGUCCACAGACCCGCAUCGCGUCAAACGGCACGGAAACUACAUACUAUGUGCCUAGUGGGAGUUUUCAAUAUUUUCAUACUGUAUCUAUCACGUUGACGUAAACGCAAAUUUAUAUGCAAUUGAAACAGUUGUACAGUAGUGGCACUAGAUGACGUUGUUUCAAUUCCUUAGAAAUUCGCGUUUACGUUACGUGACAGUAACAGUAUUAAACUGCCACUAGGCCCUCUGAUCCGCGUCGUAAUCGCAUCGAAUUUUAUCUACAGUAAAAUUAAAAAUCCGUUUUCAUGCUAUACGUCCGAUACGUAUACGAUGCCAAUGUGGACGCCUACAUUUAAACAACUAUCUACAUCAUCAAUACUAGCCGACGCCCCGCGGUUUCAGUUCCCCGUUCCUGUGAGAAAUAUAGCCUAUGACACAAUCGGCUUAGUACAUUCCGUAUGUAUGUGCAAAAUGUAUUGCUAUCAAGUUGAUAGUUGUUACUUGACACAGAUGAAAAUUGCAGUCUACAUUAAAUUUCCGAUACUGUAUACUGUAUAGCAAAAUUAACUAAAAGUAUUUCGAUAAAUUAGGACUGCAAUUUAGAACUUGUGUCGUAAAUCUCCAUAAUGUAAUUUAUGUAUUACUUAUACUUACUUUAUACGGAAAAAUAAAAUAUUACAACUA